AUGGAGCCUCGUGCGCGCGCUGGAAAGAACGUGGGCAAGGAGACGUUCCCAGCCAAGGACAUUUCCAAUCUCCUCUACGCUUACGGCGACGUUCCCGACCCGCUCCCAGAGACCGUCAAGGUUAUGGACGAGAUUCUCUCCGAAUUUGUUACAGGAAUAAGUUUUGAGGCAUGCGCGCACGCGAACACUGCCAAGCGCCAGAAGCUCAAAUUCGACGAUUUCGAGUUCGCCCUGCGCCGGAAUCCAGAGUACCUCGGUAAAGUUCGUACCAUGGUGGACAAGAGAAUCGAGAUUAGCAAAAUGCGAAAGGCAUUCCAUCAUGAUGAUGAUGCCGUGAUCAAGGAUACGAGACCGAAUGCUGCCGCCGCUGCUGCCGCUGCCGCCGGCGUCUCUGAGGAUCUGCUUGACGACUUCGAGGAUGAUGCCGAUGUCAUGGACACAGUCAGGAACGCAGGCAAGCAUAACAAGAAGAAGCGCAAGAAUGCUCCGGCCUAG